UGACAUCACCGGGAGUCGGUUCUUAAGCAGCAGCGGGUCGCGCCUGGAAGAGAGGGACAGUUGGAGUGCCGAGGCGAAUCUUUGAGUCCGCCGCGGCCCUGAGAGCGGCUGUAGCCGCCGCCGCCAGGAAGGAGGGGGCUAGUCGUGCCCGGGACCACCAGAGCCACCAGCGCCUGGAGAGACGCGGACGAGCAGGACAGCCGCUUGGGGCUGGGCCGGGGCCGCGGGCCUCAGGCCCCUUGCUCCGGCCGCCGCUUGCAGACAGUGGGCGUCCGAUGCCACCCGCGACUCGCUAGGGUGAGCCACCGGCAGGGCGAGCAGUCGUCGCUGCGGCCGCCACCGCCGCCCGAGCCGCGGGCAGGAAUCUCAGGAGCCGCCGCCGCCCGGCCAGGCUCCGCCGCCGCCCGCGCGCUCCCGGGCCCCCGACACACAUGAGAUUCUUCAGGCUCACUUUCAAGUGCUUCGUGGACUGCUUCUGACUGCGCCGCCCCCGCCGUCCCGCACCCCUCCCGCCCACCCGUCGCCCCGUCCCCCGGCCCGGCCGCCCCCGAGGCCCCCGGGCGGGCCCGUCCUUUCGGGGCCCUCUCUCCAAGUGCCACCGGAGCCCCUUGCCCGCCCGCCACCCUCGAGGCGCCGCCACCCCCUGCCCGGCCUCGCGGCCCCAGGGGCCAUGGCGAAAAAGAGCGCUGAAAACGGUAUCUAUAGCGUGUCUGGCGACGAGAAGAAGGGACCUCUCAUCGUGCCCGGGCCCGACGGUGCCCCAGCCAAGGGCGAUGGCCCUGCGGGCCUGGGGGCUCCUGGCGGCCGCCUUGCCGUACCGCCGCGAGAGACUUGGACACGCCAGAUGGACUUCAUCAUGUCAUGCGUGGGCUUCGCCGUGGGCCUCGGUAACGUGUGGCGCUUCCCCUACCUUUGCUACAAGAACGGCGGAGGUGUGUUCCUUAUUCCCUAUGUCCUGAUUGCCCUGGUUGGAGGAAUCCCCAUUUUCUUCCUGGAAAUCUCACUGGGCCAGUUCAUGAAGGCCGGCAGCAUCAAUGUCUGGAACAUCUGUCCCCUAUUCAAAGGUCUGGGCUAUGCCUCCAUGGUGAUUGUCUUCUACUGCAACACUUACUAUAUCAUGGUGCUGGCCUGGGGCUUCUAUUACCUGGUCAAGUCCUUUACUACUACUUUGCCGUGGGCUACGUGUGGCCACACCUGGAACACUCCUGACUGUGUGGAGAUCUUUCGCCAUGAAGACUGUGCCAAUGCCAGCCUGGCCAACCUCACAUGUGAUCAGCUUGCUGACCGCCGGUCCCCUGUCAUCGAGUUCUGGGAGAACAAAGUCCUGAGGCUCUCCACAGGGCUGGAGGUUCCAGGAGCCCUCAACUGGGAGGUGACUCUGUGCCUGCUGGCCUGCUGGGUGCUGGUCUACUUCUGUGUGUGGAAGGGGGUCAAGUCAACAGGAAAGAUCGUGUACUUCACUGCUACAUUCCCCUACGUGGUCCUCGUUGUGCUGCUGGUGCGAGGGGUGCUGCUGCCUGGAGCCCUGGAUGGUAUCAUCUACUAUCUCAAGCCUGACUGGUCAAAGCUAGGGUCCCCUCAGGUAUGGAUAGAUGCUGGGACCCAGAUUUUCUUCUCUUAUGCCAUCGGCCUGGGGGCCCUCACAGCCCUAGGCAGCUACAACCGCUUCAACAACAACUGCUACAAGGAUGCCAUCAUCCUGGCACUCAUCAACAGCGGGACCAGCUUCUUUGCUGGCUUUGUGGUCUUCUCCAUCCUGGGCUUCAUGGCCACAGAGCAGGGUGUACAUAUCUCCAAGGUGGCAGAAUCAGGACCUGGUCUAGCCUUCAUUGCCUACCCACGGGCUGUCACACUGAUGCCUGUGGCCCCACUCUGGGCUGCCUUGUUCUUCUUCAUGCUGCUGCUGCUCGGUCUGGACAGCCAGUUUGUAGGUGUGGAGGGUUUCAUCACCGGGCUCCUGGAUCUCCUCCCGGCCUCCUACUACUUCCGUUUCCAAAGGGAGAUCUCCGUUGCCCUCUGCUGUGCCCUCUGCUUUGUCAUCGAUCUCUCCAUGGUGACUGAUGGCGGGAUGUACGUCUUCCAGCUGUUUGACUACUACUCAGCUAGUGGCACUACCCUACUUUGGCAAGCAUUUUGGGAGUGUGUGGUGGUGGCUUGGGUUUAUGGAGCUGACCGCUUCAUGGAUGACAUUGCCUGUAUGAUUGGGUACCGACCUUGCCCCUGGAUGAAAUGGUGCUGGUCCUUCUUCACCCCACUGGUCUGCAUGGGCAUCUUCAUCUUCAACAUUGUGUACUACGAGCCACUGGUCUACAACAACACCUACGUGUACCCAUGGUGGGGUGAAGCUAUGGGCUGGGCCUUUGCACUCUCUUCUAUGCUCUGUGUGCCCCUCCACCUCCUGGGCUGUCUCCUCAGGGCAAAAGGAACCAUGGCAGAGCGAUGGCAGCAUCUGACCCAGCCUAUCUGGGGCCUCCAUCACUUGGAAUACAGAGCUCAGGAUGCAGAUGUCAGGGGCCUGACCACCCUGACUCCCGUUUCCGAGAGCAGCAAGGUCGUCGUGGUGGAGAGUGUCAUGUGACAGGCACCCCCAGCUCACAUCACCAGCUCAUCCUUUGGUAGCCAUAGCAGCCCCAGCUUUAGCCCCCACCCAUCCCUCUGGGGGCCUGCCUUUCCUUGACAGUUUGGGGGUCUGCCUGGGGGAGGGGAGGAAGCACGAUGAGUGCUAACAAAAAUAACUUUUUCCAUUUUUAAUAAAACGCCAAAAAUAUCACAA